UUUCGAGUCUGUAUGACUUUUCAACAGAACUAAGUAAAAUAGAAAAGAGGAUGCGGUGCUACUGCUACUGGAGGAUUACUACAGACCUCCAAAGGGCAGAUGGCGCUGUUGCUCCGGGUGACGGACGGAGAGCAGCUCUUGUGGUCGGGAGAAGCUCGUUGCUGGAGGCGGGGGAAUAUGGCGGCGGCGGCGAUGAGGCAGGAGUUAGCUGUGUUGAUGAACUCCAGCGGCUCCCACAAGGAUCUGGCCGGCAAUAUCGCCAGAUCCUGGAAAAAGCCUUGCAAUUAACAGGGGCUGAGCAACUGGAGGCUUUGAAAGCCUUUGUCGAGGCUAUGGUUAAUGAAAAUGUCAGUCUAGUGAUUUCCCGGCAACUGCUGACUGACUUUUGCUCCCACCUACCGAAUCUUCCAGAUGGCACAGCCAAAGAAAUAUAUCACUUUACUUUGGAGAAGAUCCAGCCUAGAGUCAUUUCGUUUGAAGAGCAGGUGGCUUCCAUUAGACAGCACCUGGCUACCAUCUAUGAGAAGGAAGAAGACUGGAGAAAUGCUGCUCAAGUUUUGGUGGGAAUUCCAUUAGAAACUGGACAAAAACAAUAUAAUGUGGACUAUAAACUGGACACCUAUCUGAAAAUUGCUCGUUUGUACCUGGAAGAUGAUGAUCCUGUGCAGGCAGAAGCUUACAUAAACCGGGCUUCUCUACUUCAAAAUGAAUCAACCAAUGAGCAGCUGCAGAUACAUUACAAGGUAUGCUACGCUCGUGUCCUCGACUACAGAAGGAAAUUCAUAGAAGCUGCUCAGCGAUAUAAUGAACUUUCAUAUAAGUCUAUAGUACAUGAGACUGAACGACUAGAGGCAUUAAAGCAUGCACUACACUGUACCAUUCUCGCAUCAGCAGGACAGCAGCGUUCCCGUAUGCUGGCAACCCUGUUUAAGGAUGAGCGCUGCCAGCAACUUGCAGCUUAUGGCAUUCUAGAGAAAAUGUAUCUGGAUAGAAUUAUUCGAGGGAACCAGCUGCAGGAGUUUGCUGCCAUGCUGAUGCCUCACCAGAAAGCAACGACUGCUGAUGGUUCCAGUAUACUGGACAGGGCAGUCAUUGAGCACAACCUGCUUUCUGCCAGUAAACUGUACAAUAAUAUUACAUUUGAAGAGCUUGGAGCUUUGCUAGAAAUACCGCCAGCCAAGGCAGAAAAAAUUGCCUCUCAGAUGAUCACUGAAGGGCGAAUGAAUGGGUUUAUUGAUCAAAUUGAUGGAAUUGUCCACUUUGAAACUCGUGAAGCUUUGCCCACAUGGGACAAACAGAUCCAGUCCCUUUGUUUCCAAGUGAAUAAUCUACUGGAAAAGAUCAGCCAGGCUGCCCCCGAGUGGACAGCACAGGCAAUGGAAGCUCAGAUGUCACAGUAAUAACUCCAACCAAAUUUAUGGAAUUGCAGCCGCCAUCAAGAUUCCAAGAUUCAGUUGUCCCUGUAUUUAAAAUAUUGAAUUUGUUUCUUCCAGAACUUAAUUUGCAGUUGUGGUUAUUUAAAGUCUUUAUACAAGAAUAGGAAGCUCACUUCCACUGUGUCUGCAUUGAAUUUGGAAGUAUUUUCUUCAAUUACACUGGAUCCAAAAUAGCACCAUAGUCACUAUUAAAGGGGGUUCUGUUUGUGAAUGUAGCAAUGAGAUUUGUUUCUGGUGAGUUUGGUUGCUCUUUGUUGAAGGACUGUAGCCCAGUUUGUUAUCAAACAGUGUGGUUUAAUUAGGAAGCUGCAAACCUUUAUUUUUGACCCUCUAUCAAAGGAAGUCAAUUCAUAUUCUUUGAGAAUUGUUUGCCGAACUCUGAAGAAAAAAAUGGAUCGAAUCUGAGCUAACACAGCUUGUCAUUCAAGAAAAUAAACCCUUAAAGCAGUCAGUGGCACUAACUGUAUUACUUUGAGUGUCAUCUUUUUCCACUGAAUUAACUGUAUAUUUAAAAAGCCCCUUUGCCUUUGCUAUUGCGAUGACAAAACUGUUUUUGUUUUACAGAUUUUCUUUUUUAAAAAAAAAAUAAAAUGUUGAUUUUUCUUUUGCUCUUCAA